AUGACUCCAGAGCGUUUAUGGCCAGUGGUCCUUGUGGCUCUAUUCAUCACGCCCAUCCAGUCUCUGAACUGUGUUUAUCUGGAUAACACCACCUUGGAAAGUGUGAAACUUCUGGGCAGCAUAUCCGCUCUCCCCUUAAAAUGUCUAAAAGAAAUCAAAGAUUUUGAGUUCCCUAAAGAAAUUCUUCCACACAUCCAGCAUGUGGAAAGGGACAUGAAGGAGGCCUUCUAUCUUAUAUCGAUUAAGGCACUAAAUAUUUUCAGUCAGGAUAGCUACAUCUCCCACGUGACAAGGGAGCAGCUACAGCACAUCAGAAUGGGACUUUUUGAACAAGUGCAGCAAGCGCUAGACUGCUUUAUGGAUGAGGAGAAGGAGGACAGUAAGACAGAACACCCCCGACCAAAGUACCCCCAGAGGGUCUACCUGGAACUGAGCAAGUAUUUCAUCAAAAUCAAGAAGUUCCUGGGGGAUAAGAAAUACAGUUUCUGUGCCUGGGAGAUUGUCGGAGCAGAAGUGAGAAGAUGUUUCAUGAUAUUUUACAACUUCAAAAGACUACUCAAAAUACAAUCAGGGACUCACCAGUAA